AUGUUAAAAUCUGGAGCAAGUCAGUAUGUGGAGUUCAAGAGUAUUGAUGCCAGUUUUGUUGGUGAUGAGAAUGGAAAGUUAUGGAAUGUGCCAGAUUCUAGAGCUGCCAUAUUUAAGGAUAAGAGGUUGAGUUUGACGGAAAAGAAACAGUUGAUGAGGUUUUUCAAGCUGGUGCAAGGGCACUUGGCUUCCACAGUGAUGGCAGGUUCUUCUGGUGGUGAUGGGAAUGGGAAUGGGAAUGGGAAUGAGAAUGAUGAAGAGGAAGGUAAGGCAAAGAUUUCAGAGGAGGAUUUGGAGAGGCCAUUUGUUGAGUACCUGUCGAAAAUGCAGUUGCCUCCAAAGAUUAAAUCGAUUAUUUUGUAUGCUAUAGCCAUGGCAGAUUAUGAUCAAAAUGACAUGGGGGUUUGUCAAGAUUUGCUCAAGACUAAAGAUGGAAUAGAUCGUUUGGCUCUAUAUCAGUCAUCAGUUGGGAGGUUUACAAAUGCUUCUGGGGCUUUGAUAUAUCCCAUUUAUGGUCAAGGAGAACUGCCACAAGCCUUUAGUCGCCGUGCUGCCGUCAAAGGUUGCCUUUAUGUUUUGCGAAUGCCAGUAACUGCAUUGCUUAUGGAAAAGGAUAGUGGGAGUUACAAAGGUGUUCGAUUGGCUUCUGGUCAGGACAUAUUUAGCCAGAAGCUGGUUCUGGAUCCAUCCGUUACACUUACCUCACCGUCAGCCUCUCCGUCAGAUCUUCUGCAUGAUAGUUUUAGGUUUUUGAGCAUCAGAGAUAUCAAAGGGAAGGUGGCCAGAGGGAUAUACAUCACAAGAAGUUCCUUGAAGCCAGAUACGUCAAACUUUCUGGCUGUAUAUCCCCCUCGAUCCUUGUAUCCCGACCAGAUUACAUCAAUUCGAGCUCUCCAAAUAAGUGGCAACUUGGCUGUUUGUCCUCUGGGCAUGUUUGUGCUCUAUCUUUCAGCUUUGUGUGACGAUGCCAAUCAAGGGAAGAGGCUAUUAAAUGCCGCUAUGAACGCCCUUCUGACUUUUCCUGAUUCUGUAAAUUCUGAACGCAGUUCCACAGUUCAGAGUGAGAAUACUGAGAGAAAACCCACUGUAAUUUGGAGCGGAUUGUAUAUUCAGGAGAUGGCUAUGGGUCAAUUUGAUUCUAUCAACUUCACUCUCACGCCCGACGGAAAUCUGAAUUACAACGAUAUAUUGGAUGCAGUUGUGAAGCUCUUUCAGGACAUGUAUCCAAAUGAAGAGUAUUUCUCAGAGACAACUCCACCUGAGAAUUCUGAGGAUGAUACUGAGCUCACUCAAGAGACAUAG